GGCGCCAUGUUUCGUUUGUCACGUGGCGCAGACUGGCCCAAUCGCUGGGAGGCGGUGACGACCAUUCUCCGCCUUCCCCCUCAGCGCAGUGUGUGAGGGAGAGAGAAACCGUUCGGUCGCGAAGAAAGCGGGUGGGGAAAACUAAGUAGCCGGCGGCGGCGGCCAAAAGAAAUCGAGAGAGAGUUAAGCGCCGCUGCUAUCACGAGAUCUCCUCAGAAGAAGAAAACGCACCCAUCGAGAGAAGACGGUCGAGGAAUUUGGGGGGUCUGGGAGGGCGACUAUGUCGGGAAGUCGGUAAAGGGAACAUCCGCAUCGUCCUUGCGAGGCUGUGAAGAAGGAGGGGGGAAGAACGAAGAGCCAGGAUUCCACGCGCUCACCUGCGUGAAGAGAAUUGCGAUUGGCGGGGAAGCGCGCGCCUUUUGAUAGGGGAAGAUUCUGGAAACUUCGAUUGUGAAGAGAGAGAGAAACGGGCGCGCGCGCGCGCGCUUUCUUGGUUUUCUUCCCUCAGAGGCAGGGAUUUGGCGGGAGCCGCGCGCGCGCGCUGGGGGGAAGGAAGGAGUGGGCGGGGCAUCGUGUUCGUCCCCUGUCAUGGCCUUCAGUAACUACAGCAGUCUGCAGCGUGCUCAGCUGACCUUCGAGUAUCUUCACACCAACUCAACCACACAUGAAUUCUUGUUUGGGGCCCUUGCUGAGCUUGUAGAUAAUGCCAGAGAUGCUGAUGCCACAAGAAUAGAUAUCUUUACUGAGCGUCGAGAGGACCUGCGAGGUGGAUUCAUGCUGUGCUUUUUGGAUGAUGGAGCAGGAAUGGACUCAAAUGAUGCUGCAAGUGUGAUUCAGUUUGGUAAAUCUGCUAAACGGUCACCAGAAUCAACUCAGAUUGGACAAUAUGGGAAUGGUUUGAAAUCGGGUUCCAUGCGGAUUGGCAAGGAUUUUAUCCUCUUCACGAAGAAGGACAACAGCAUGACUUGCCUCUUCCUGUCUCGCACUUUCCAUGAGGAAGAAGGCAUUGAUGAGGUAAUUGUUCCACUGCCUACCUGGAAUGCCCAUACUAGGGAGCCCUUGACAGACAACAUGGAGAAAUUUGCUAUUGAGACUGAGCUGAUUUACAAGUAUUCCCCCUUCAAAUCAGAGCAGGAUGUGAUGGGACAGUUUCGCAAGAUUCCUGGGGAGAAAGGGACCCUGGUGAUCAUCUUCAACCUCAAACUCAUGGAUAAUGGUCAACCUGAACUGGAUGUGACCUCUGAUGCUCGAGACAUCCAGAUGGCUGAAACCCCACCAGAGGGAACGAAGCCGGAGCGCCACUCCUUCCGUGCCUAUGCAGCUGUGCUCUACAUUGACCCCAGAAUGAGAAUCUUCAUCCACGGACACAAAGUACAAACGAAGCGCCUGUCCUGCUGCUUAUACAAGCCCAGGAUGUACAAAUAUACUUCGAAGCGGUUCAAAACCCGAGCAGAGCAGGAAGUGAAGAAAGCAGAGCAAAUGGCCCGGAUUGCGGAAGAGAAGGCUCGAGAAGCAGAGAGCAAAGCCCGUGCUUUGGAGCUGCGCCUUGGAGGGGACCUCACAAGGGAAUCCAGGGUCAUGUUGCGUCAAGCCCAGGACGUGGCCAUUAACCUGCGGAGAGAAGCUGACGUUAAGAAGAGGAUCCGAGAGGCAAAGCAGCGAGCACUGAAGGAGCCGAAAGAACUGAAUUUCAUAUUUGGGGUGAACAUCGAGCAGCGGCAUUUGGAUGGGAUGUUUGUCUAUAACUGCAGCCGACUGAUUAAGAUGUACGAGAAGGUGGGCCCGCAGCUGGAGGGUGGCAUGGCGUGUGGCGGAGUUGUAGGAGUGGUGGAUGUCCCGUACCUGGUUUUGGAGCCCACGCAUAACAAGCAAGACUUUGCAGAUGCCAAAGAGUAUCGGCACUUGCUGAGGGCGAUGGGGGAACAUCUGGCUCAGUACUGGAAGGAUGUUGAGAUUGCUCAGAAAGGUAUAAUCAAGUUCUGGGAUGACUUUGGCUAUUUGUCUGCUAACUGGAACCAGCCUCCCUCCAAUGACUUGCGUUAUAAACGGCGGAGAGCCAUGGAGAUCCCCACUACCAUUCAGUGUGACAUGUGUCUGAAAUGGCGGACCCUCCCCUUCCAGCUCAGCUCUGUGGAGCAAGAAUACCCGGAUACCUGGGUGUGUGCCAUGAACCCUGAUGCUGAACAGGACAGGUGUGAAGCUCUGGAACAGAAGCAGAAGGUUCCUCUGAGCCUCCUGAGAAAGGAGAAGUCACAAGAAGAUAAGCAGAAACAGUUAACGGAUAAAAUUCGCCAGCAGCAGGAGAAGCUGGAGGCCCUGCAGAAAACAACUCCAGUACGUUCCCACGCGGACCUGAAGAAGCUGCCACUGGAGGUCACCACACGACGUGGGCUAGAGAAUUCAGACUUGCUGAGCAAGCCACAGAGGCCGCGGUCUCCCCCUCUCCCGGAUGUGAUUAGAAAUGCGCCCAGUAGACCCCCAGCCCUUCCACCUCCUUCCAAGCCCAUCAACCAACAGAGGAAGGGGGCUUCACCUCGCCCAGCCAUUGGCUCCUCCAGGCCACAGAGCUUGGUGUCCAGGGAAGAAUCCGGUCUUUCCAGGAUGCAGCACCACGUGGAGGCUGCUGGGAGAUCCACAACUCCCCUGGGAAGGCCUCCGUCCAAGCCUGCAGCCAGUGGAAGGACCCCCCCGGUGCCUCUUCAGAACUUCAAGAACCAUCACAGAUCCCCCAGCCCCAAACACUUAAAGGUGGUGCUGCCCCCAAAGAAAUCUCCAGUCGUCAAUCCUCCCCAGGCUUCCAAUUCCCGGAAGAGAAGUGUUAGCGCAAUAGAGGAUGAAUUGGAGGAGGAGAUCAGGCAGAGAAAAGACAAAAAGAAGCAGAGCAAGAAUGUGACAGUAAAAGAAGAGAAGAAGGAUUCCAGUGAGGUCGUGGUAGAACUCACCGACAGCGCAGGGGAAGAGGAAUUAGCAGAACUUAAAAGAGCACAGAAAGAUAAAGGCCAACAUGUGGAAGUAAGAGUGAACAAGGAGUGGUUCACAGGCCGUAUUACGGCUGUUGAGGUGGGCAAGCAAGCUGUCCGCUGGAAGGUGAAGUUUGAUUACGUCCCGACGGAUGUUACCCCAAGAGAUCGCUGGGUAGAGAGAGGCAGCGAGGACGUGCGGCUGAUGAAGCCUCCCUCUCCAGAACACCAAAGUCCAGACACGCAGGAGCAACAGCAGGAAGCUGUUCCAGCCGAACCCUCUACCUCUGAGUGUGUCCGAACUGAGCCGGACACCACCGCCUCCAGCAGCAGCCAUGAGACGGUAGACCUGUUAACCCAGUCGCUCCGGAAUUGUUUGCGGUAUUUCUUGCCCCCAAAUUUUCCUAUCUCCAAAAAGGACUUGAGUUCCAUGAGUUCGGAAGAGCUGGGGGCUUUCCCUCUGAAAGAAUACUUCAAACAGUACGAGAUGGGCCUGCAGAACUUAUGCAACUCAUACCAGACUCGAGCUAAUGCCCAAGUCAAAGCUUGUGAAGAAAAGAUUCACGUCCAGGAUCAGGCGCUCACGGAAACAAAGGAGAAACUCCAGAAGCUGAGGACUAACAUAGUAGCACUACUCCAAAAAGUCCAAGAGGACGUUGACUUCAAUACGGAUGACGAGCUGGACGCUUACAUCGAAGACCUGAUCACUAGGGGAGACUGAGUGGCCAAGAUCCCAGCAGUGAUGUGAAAGCGGCAAGGAUUCGCUCCCCCGUGUCCUCUGGGGCAUCCAUAUGCUAGAGAGAGCAGCCCAGGCUGAUAUACCGAGGUCCAGCCUGGGACGUUAGGGACUGUGUACUGUAUUAGCGGUGUGUUGGUGUACAACUUGUUUGUAUUACUUUUUUUAAUAAUGGAACAAGCUACAGUGCUGUCCGGAGGUUUUUAACCUUUUGUUUAUAAAUAUUUUGUUAAAAAAACCACAAAAACAACAACAACCCACACACAAAAAGCAUUGCUUGGUGUUAGGGAAGGGCUUAUACCCUGCUGCUUCCGUAAAGUUCAGCGAGGAGGAUUGUGCUCAUUAUGGAGGCGUGCAGUGGCGUUCCCAUGGCUAGCUUGGGAACCCCAACAGCAGCCCUAGCCGUCUCUUGUAUGGCUGCCUCUUUGCCGGAAGAACGUGAAAACAAGUGUAAACCGCAGCCAGGAAAAGGCCUUGUGCAUCGGCGGAGAACCAAAUCUCUGACUGCAGAGGGUGCUGCAGCUCAGCCCAAAGAGAGUUCGAAGCUGGGCCUUCUCACUUCUGCUGAUGCCUUGGUACACUCUUGGACCACCAGUGUGGCCGCUCUUGAGCACUAAGCUCCAACUACCUGGCUCUCCCAUUUUAGGACACCUGGGAUGCGGGGUCCUAAUUCAUCUGCCAGGAGCCUCAACACCCCUUCUUCUGUGAUUUACGAAGAUGAAGAACUGGAGGGGGGUGGAGUUCUUCAUUCCAGCUGCCUUGGCUCCCUGGCCAUGGGGAAGGGCCACAACUCAGUAGCAGAGCUCAUGUCCACCUUCCCUAACCUGGAGCCCUCCAGAUGUGUUGCGCUACAACUCGCAACACACCCACCCAUGGAAGUUGUAGCCCCAAUACACUGAGCACCUAUUGGUGGGAGACUGGCUUAGGUGUAUGCUUCCAGCACCUGUAGCUAAGGGUAUUGGGGCUGUGGUGCUUCCAAGUAGCCAGGGUCUGACGUGGUAGAUGGCAGCUUUGUAUGUUCAGAGCAGCCUUCGGUUGUGCCUUGUUUGCGAGUGGGCUGAUGCCGCAAGUGCGAAGGGGAAGACACAGAGCGAGGUUAAAUGACUAGAGGCCAGCACUGCUCCCUUCUUGCAGAACCUUUGUAAGUAUAAAUAAGACAAAGCAUUAGCAAACUAACAGUUGCAUUAAUAAAGCUAGCAAUUCAG